AGCUGAGGGACGCCGGCCUAGGGCGAGGCGAGCCGGGGAAGACCCCGGCUGCCCGAACCUUGCUGGCCGCCUGAGGGCGGGAGUCGCCUCCCUGGGCCGCGACCUUCCGCCGCGCCCGGCGUGCGCACUGGCGAUCUGCCCGGGGCCAGGCUGGAAGGAGGGCGGUUUCUAGAGAGGACGAGUUCUGGAACCCCAAACCUACACCCCAACCUUGCCCUCACCUCCCUCUCUGACGUGCCCCCAGCAUCUGUCAGGCGUGCCUUGCACUCCCGACGGCCGAAGUGAGGAUGCUCUUCAUGCAUCUUAAAAAGCAGAAACAAGGAACAAAAGAGAAGCUGUAGUAUCUAAUAUGUGUAACACACCAACUUACUGUGACCUAGGAAAGGCUGCCAAGGAUGUCUUUAACAAAGGGUAUGGGUUUGGCAUGGUCAAAAUAGAUCUGAGAACCAAGUCUUGUAGUGGAGUGGAAUUUUCUACUUCAGGUCAUGCUUAUACUGAUACAGGGAAAGCAUCAGGCAACCUAGAGACCAAGUAUAAGGUCUGUGACUACGGACUCACCUUCACCCAAAAGUGGAACACAGACAAUACUCUUGGGACAGAAAUCUCUUGGGAGAAUAAGUUGGCGGAAGGGUUGAAACUGACUCUUGAUACCAUAUUUGUACCAAACACAGGAAAGAAGAGCGGGAAAUUAAAGGCCUCAUUUAAACGUGAUUGUUUUAGUAUUGGCAGUAACAUUGAUAUAGAUUUUUCUGGACCGACCAUCUAUGGCUGGGCUGUGUUGGCCUUUGAAGGUUGGCUUGCUGGCUAUCAGAUGAGUUUUGACACAGCCAAAUCCAAAUUGUCUCAGAAUAAUUUUGCUCUUGGUUACAAGGCUGCAGACUUCCAACUGCAUACUCAUGUGAAUGACGGUACUGAAUUUGGAGGCUCCAUCUAUCAGAAAGUUAAUGAGAAGAUUGAAACGUCAAUAAACCUGGCAUGGACAGCUGGCAGCAACAACACUCGUUUUGGCAUCGCUGCUAAAUAUAAGCUGGAUUGUAAAACUUCUCUAUCUGCCAAAGUAAAUAAUGCCAGUUUAAUUGGACUGGGUUAUACGCAGACCCUCCGACCAGGAGUCAAACUGACCCUGUCAGCUUUAAUAGAUGGAAAGAACUUCAAUGCAGGAGGUCACAAGGUUGGAUUGGGAUUUGAACUGGAAGCUUAAUGUGAUUUUGAGUAGAACAUCAUUUGUCCCUGGAAGUCAAGAGAAGUGAACCCACUAUGUUUUGGCCUUAAAAUUCUGUGAAAUUUCAAAAGUGUGAACUUUUUAUUCUUCCAAAGAAUUGUAAUCCUUCCCACACUGAAGUCUAGAGAUUACAAAUCCAUCCUAAGAGAGGUCCUUGAAGGCAUGCCUGGAGAUUGUCAUGUUUGUGCCACAUUUCAGUUGAGUUCUGCAGUGUUAAUUUAAAUAUGUUCCUCAGCAACAACGUAGUGUCAUGUUAAAGAAAAUGAUCUGACUCCCCAGUUUGUACAUCACGUCCUGCAUGUCCCACUCCACUUUUCCAUGACCUUUGGUUCUAGCGAUCUCUGCUGUAGUGAAGUCUUUGGUUUUGCAUCAGAGUGAAAUAAACCCAUCACAUUUGGAA